AAAUUUUGGUGCCCGGACAACUGAACCAGUGACAACUGAACCAGUGACAAUUGGACCAGUGACAAUUGGACCAGUGGACAACUGAGCCAGUGGACAACUGAACCAGUGGACAACUGAACCAGUGGACAACUGAACCAGUGAACCACUGAACCAGUGACAACUGAACCAGUGGACAACUAAACCAGUGACAACUGAACCAGUGACAAUUGAACCAGUGACAACUGAACCAGUGACAACUGAACCAGUGACAAUUGAACCAGUGUCAAAAAAUGUUAUCUGUUUGCUACGGCAUCAUGGUCGUCAGUCUGUACCCAGCUUUCACAACAUUCACUGUCACUAUUCUACAACAUGUCUCUUCAGUUUGGGAGCACAGAACGAGGAAAAUCACUCCUUUUAUAUGGUGGACAUGAAUACGUUGAGAGGAGCAGAGAACCUUGGAUGACUCAAGGAAUCUCCUACUGGCGAUGUCGUCAUUAUCGCAAACAUAAAUGCAGCGGUAGUAUGCAAACAGAAGGGGACAGUGUGACCAAGGAGCCCGGCGUUCAUACUCAUUCUGGAGAUCCAGUAACUGCCCAGGUACAGCAGGUAGUGAGUACAUUGCACUCAUUUGCCGAAGAUUCGUCGGACAGUGUGAGAAACUGUGUUGCAAAUUCUGUAACUUCUGCUACCUGUGACGUCAUGCAACGGCUGCCAAGUAAAUCGUCAUUGGAACGAUCAGUAAGAAGAAAACGUCAGCGCACCGACAAUGCACGUGAAAUUCCCCACACCAGAAACUUUGAUAUUCCUCCAGAGUAUCAAGAAAUAAUUCUGCAUGAUUCUGGAGUGGAUGAUGUUGACCGCAUAAUCUGCAUGGGUGAUAUCAACAUUGUCACUAAUCUCAGUGGCAACAGUAAGCUUUGGAUGUGCGAUGGUACAUUUGAAACUACACCCAUUUUGUUCUAUCAACUUUAUACCAUACACGCCAAAGUCGGCAGCAACUACCCUCCAUGUAUUUACUUUCUUCUUCCUAACAAAGCCCAAGCCACGUACGAAAGGAUGAUUGACAUACUUCUCUCGGUUAUGCCUGGUCUACAGCCUGAAAAAGUCCUCACAGAUUUUGAAACUGCGGCCAUCAACGCCUUUAGAAAAAAAUUCCCCUCCGCCUCCACCUCCGGCUGUUUUUUUCAUCUCAGUCAGUGCGUCAUACGAAAAAUUGCCAGUGUUGGUCUAAAGGCUAGAUAUGAAAAUGACAGAGACUUUUCAGUGCUCAUGAAGUGUCUACCGGCUUUGGCAUUUGUGCCUGAAGAUGAUGUCAUAACAGUUUUUGAAGAACUUGUCCUUACCCUUCCUCAGGAGCCAGAAGUCGAAGAAGUGGUGGCAUAUUUUGAGUCCAAUUACAUUCGAGGCAUGCAAAUUGGUGGACGUCGAAGGGAUCCCCGUUUCCCUAUCAAACUUUGGAACCACUUCGAGGACGCAGAAGAAUGUGCUCCAAAAACCACAAAUUGUUGUGAAGGGUUCCACAAUGCCCUGAAAUCAGUGUACAUGUGUGCGCACCCAACCAUGUGGAAGUUUCUGAAGGGCAUCGCUCGGGACAUCGCUGUCCAGCGUCUAGUGCACCAGAAUGCGUUAGUACAUCGGCGCGAUGCACCCACUAACAAGUACAUCAAACUCGCGCAGCGACUCGCCACUAAAAUUAAGAUGUAUAGAGCUGAAGUAGAUAAGCUCCUGUAUUUGCGAGCAGUAGCUAAUAUGCAGGUCGUGUAAAUAGGGGACACUGUAGUGCACUAUAUGUGAUUAUAUCAGUUGGUUUAUAUUUUUACUACAUGAAUGAUUCUAAAAACUACUGAACCAUAGUAUCGCCACUAGUUCAUGAUGCAUAGGUAAAUCUUUCUUAAUGAAUGAAUUUUAAUAUGCUUUUGUUACCAUUUUUUUCUGGUUUCAUUGUCACUUGUCGACUGGUGCAGUUUUUACUGGUUCAAUUGCCCACUGGUUCAGUCGACCACAGGUUCAGUUGUCACUGGUUCAAUUGCCCACUGGUUCAGUCGUCCACUGGUUCAGUCGUCCACAGGUUCAGUUGUCACUGGUUCAAUUGUCCACUGGUUCAGUCGUCCACUUGUUCAGUUGUCACUGGUUCAGUUGUCACUGGUUCAGUUGUCACUGGUUCAGUUGUCCUAGAACCCUAAAUUUUUUAAGCUUGUACCCAUUAUUUCUUUUUCUACCCUGGUUGCUGAUCCUAAGAAUUUUGCCUACAUCCCCCUUAUGUCACUCAAAGACUUCUAUCGGGUCCCCUCUUAACCUACGUCUCUCUAAAGAAUGUAAAUUUAACAGCUUCAACCUCGCCUCGUAAGGAAUACUCCUCAUCCCCUGUAUCCUUUUAGUCAUUCUCCUCUGUACUGAUUCUAAUAGACCUAUAUCUUUCCUGUAAUGUGGGGACCAGAACUGCACAGCGUAGUCUAGAUGAGGUCUGACCAGCACCAAGUAUAACUUUAAUAUUACUUUGGGCCUUCUACUUUUAACACUCCUAAAAAUCACACACACCACAAGAGCCUCACAAACAGUCUCACAGCCUUCACAAGCAGCCCCACACUCCACCACAGACACACCAGACCCACAGCCCUUCACCUCACCCACUUCCCAGCCCCCCACAGCCCCCCAGCCACCACAAAUGAAGUCAAAGGAAGGGACUGUGGCUUCACCCAGCCAGCCAGGACAGCCUACAGAGAGGGGGGUAGUCCCAGUCAAGUCACAAAAUAUAGGCUUGGUUCUUCCUACAGUUUGAAGUCAAUGAUUGGACAGGUGGAAAGGCCAGACAGCUUAGUGGCAGAGCUGCAGGUGGCCCUCGUCAGCUUCCUGGUGGCACAGGUGUAGGAUGGCUGGGAGCAGUGGAGGUGCCUGAUGGGGCAGCUGUGCCGGGCAGAGGGGCUGCUACUGCUGCUGCGGAGAGCCACACUUGUAUGGUGGUAACACGGAGAGGAAGUGGAAGAAACCUUGGGACGCUCCCAUAACUCAGGAGCAAGAAUUACACCUUACUGGAACCUUGUGACUGACAGGUUGUGGUGACUGCAGGAACCAAUUCAGGUGAACAUUGUGUUUUGUUGCUACACUUGAGAAUCCUCUAUCCUAAAUAAAAAAUUGGCAAACUUUUUUUAUUUUCUGGCCAAUCCUGUUUACCUUGAGGGCAUGACCUGUACUCUGCCAGAAACUUUAUUCCCUGGCCAAUUAUUAUUAUUAUUUUUUUUUUUAUAUUACCUUGAGGGCAUGACCUGUACUCUCAGAAAGAUUGCCUGAAACUUUAUUUCCUGGCCAAUUAUUAUUAUUUUUUUUUAUAUUACCUUGAGGGCAUGACCUGUACUCUCUGAAAGGUUGGCAAACAAAGAUACUAUUGACAUGUCAUUAUGUUCAAGAUUGUACACAAGAUGGAAUACUGAAUGUUUAUUGUUUUACUGUGAAUGUUAAGUGAAUAAUAAAUACACAACAGGAUAAUAAACAUG